AUGAAUAGUAAUCAGAAUGUGAACGAUAUAAGUUCACCAUCAAAUCAUUUUGCUGCAAAUGCUCAGCAUGCUUUUUAUAGUCAGCAAAUGUUACUUCAACAACAAUAUAUGCCUAUGUCAACUAUUUAUGGUGCCCAACAGAUAUUACAACCACAUCAAAUGGAUAUACAUACUUUCCAACAACAGCACCAGUUAUUGCAAGCAAUGCAGCAACAACAACAUCAGCAACAGCAACAACAACAGCAUCAUCAGAACCAGCAACAGCAACAUCAACAUGUUUUGCAUAAUCAAACAUCUGUUUUUGGUUUAUCUGACUCAAAUAGUAUUGUCCAGCAACAAGCAGUAUUCCAACAACCCUAUCAACAAUAUCAACGAGCCUUACAACAUCAGCGACAACUUGAACAACAUCGACUUUUGCAACAGCAAAAACGACAGCUUAAUCGCAUGCAUGAAGAGCGUGAAGCUUUCUUCCAGCAAGAACAAGAAGCAUUACAGCGGCAUAAAGCUGAGGAGGAUGCACGACAUGAACAAGCCCGUUUAGAGCACGAAGAGUUGCAACGGCGUAUCAAAGAGCAACAAAAAGAAAAAUUUUUGCUGGAACAGCAAAGAUUGAAAGAAGAGCAACGAAAAAAGGAAGAAGCCAUUCGCUUGGCCGAAGAACAGCGUAAAAAUGAGGAAAAGGAACGCAAAGAAUUGGAAAAAAUAAUGGCAGUGAGGGAAGAACAAAAGCGAAGACAGAAAGAAGCUGAAGAAGCAUUUAUAGUCAUGCGUGAAAAAGCUAGUGGAUUUCCCGUCCCUAUUCACCUUGCAGGAUGCCAUGUGCUCACUAAACUUGCUAAUCACCUUCCAUUUCCCAGUCCUUUUUUACCUCAUUCUGACUACCUCAAAGUCAAUCUUUAUCCGCAUUCAUCUUCUUUGGUUCUCGAACAAAAUGACCAGGGAUUUAUCAUGUUGCUUUCGAACGCAUUAUCUGAAGUGGACGUUUCCGAAGUGUGCUUAAAGCAUGAAGAUGGCGAAAAUAACGAUCUUGGUCUUGAUUCAUCUAUGGUUCCUGCACUUGUAAAGAAUAUUGCAUCGUUGGAUGCCCAUGCUUUUGAUGUAAAUCCACGGCAGGAUUCGGCUGCAAGCACUGACGAAAUAUUACAAAUUCCUCUUGAACAAGAAAGAAAUCAGGUUGGAGUUGAAGGAUUAUGUAUUUCUUCUCAAGCGAACUUUAUAUCAGAUGUAGAAAAUAAGAAAUAUGCCGAUGAAUCAAAAUCUUCCGUUUGUGAAUCAACACCAACAACUUCAUCUACUGGAUGUAGUCUUUUAGAUCAGGACCAGACUCAGCUACGUCGUCAAAUAGUCUCGCUUGGUAAACAGCCAAAGGCACAACAUGGUCGAAGAAAAAGAGAUAUGGUGGAAUCUUUAAUUGAUUCACUUACUCCUUUUUUCGGUGUCACUAAGGAACGACGGCAGCGCCAAAGAACGAAGACAUUUGAAGAAGAACAGCACGAAAAGAUGCAACUUGAAAUGAUUGCGCAAAUGGAAUUGGCCGAGGAAAAAGAAAAGAUAAUGAAAGAUUCUAUGUUGGACAAAACCGAGCAUCGUCCAGAUCAUGUUGGUCCAUCAAACGAAAUUAUCGAUAAGCCAAAGUUUUUUGAAAGCAACAAAAUCAGCCGGAAACGAGUAAAGGAUCAGUCUCCUGAUCACCUAGAGAGGCCAAUUACGCCAACAGAAAUUAUACAACAGCGAGAAACUGAAUGGCGAGAACGAGAGAAAAAGCGGAAAGAGAAAUAUAAACGUCGUCAAAAUGAUUCGGAGGAUGAUUGUUGGAAUAACGAAGUUAUGGCUGAGAAAGAAUCAUAUGCGAGAUUUACGAGCAUUAUUGAUCAAAUUUUUGAUAAUGUUGAAGAUUUAGAUAUUAUGGGAGGCAUCGAAGAUGACGCGGAGAUUCCUCAAGAACUAUUAAUUGAUAAACAUCAGUUAGAAGAACUUCGUCAAGAAGCACAAAAGCUUAAAUCGUGGAAAGUGAUCAAUAAGGUGAAUCCUGAAAGAAUUGUUAAAUUAUUAACGAUCUUGGAGAAGAAUAUACGUGAUGUAAUAACAGUUGAUGGUGGUCUACCACUGAUACUACCUUUUUUUGAAGAUGGGGAAGAAGAUGAGUCAGAUGAAGCAUAUAGAGAACUUAUUGUUGAUCGGAUUUUAAGGGCAGCGGAUGCUUCUUGUACUGCUAUGAUGAUAAUGACUUCUACUAAGAUGCCAAAACAGGUGUUUAUUGAAGACACCAUCGACAGAUCAAUACAGCUUUGUAAGCAGUUUCUUACAAAUAUCGUCUUUCCUGCUUUUGACGGUGUUUGUAGGGUUCCUUCUAAAGCAAAACGCACAGAAGAUAAGAAACGCAGAAAAAUUAUAAAUCAAGCAUACUUACGUACAACGCAGAAAAUAUAUACAAGUGUGACUGAACUUGUUGGAUGCUUUUCAGAACUUGUACGAGCUCAGUCAUUAACUGAUACUGCCAUACUACAACUAUGUAGUUUGGCAACGCCAUCAUUCUUCGUGGACAAUGUAGGCGAAUUACAGAUGCAAUCAAUAAAAUUACUUUCUGCUAUAUUUGCUCGUUAUGAUAUGUUCAGGAAAAAUAUAAUACAAGAUUUGCUCAAUUCUUUACAUCGUCUGCCUUCAAUAAAAAACGCAAAGAAUAGUUAUCGUUUGACAUCAGAAGAUUGGAUCAGCAACCUUACAAUCCUUAUUAUGCAGCUUGUUCAAUGUACAGUAAAGAUUCCUCGACGUCGCCGAAACGAAGAUUCUCAUCAUUCAGAUGGAGAUGAAGAUGCGUCAAACAAAGAUUCAAUAGUGAAAUGUUCUUUUGCGGAAGCGCAAAAAAUGGCUACAAUUUUUUUAAAAGGAUUUUUGGGAAAGUGUACUGCAAAGUCGGAAGAAGAUUAUCGGCGUUUAUUCGAUCAGUUUUUGCACGAUCUGUUGGCUGCUCUUUAUAAACCUGAAUGGCCUGCUGCUGAAAUGAUGUUGCAUAUCCUUGGUAGUUUAUUAGUUAAUUUCUAUCGUUCGAAAACAUUGGAUAUGUCAUUAAGAAUUGCCAGUUUGGAUUACUUGGGUACGAUAACAGCACGCUUACGAAAGGACAUAAGACAAGCAUGUUCUGAUGAUGACCGACUUGAUUUGGUGGUGCGGACUUUGUUAUAUGAUGAACUUGAUGAAAAUGAACGUGUUGGUGACGUCAGUAGCGUUGAUAUCUCUCAUUUAUCUGGGAUGGACAAAAUGUGCAUGAUUGAACGUGCACUUAUUGAUUAUCUCAUUGAAAAGAAGGGUAAUUCAGACGUUUCUGUUGAGCAAGCUAUUAUGUUCUAUAUUGGUCAGUGGUACAAAGAAAUAUGUGAUGAAAGUGAUGCUGCGAAACAAAAUUUGAAGCAAACGAUAAAUAAUCCAGAAUUAUCCGACAAGGAAAGGAAAAAAUUUGAGAAAAGGGCAGACAAGGCGAUUGAGCGAUGCCAUUCUAUGAAAGAAUUUCUGGUUAAAUUAGCUGACAAAAAGCAUAUGAGAAAAAGAGCAGAACACAUUUCACGCACUGGUAAUAUUCUUAUUGAUAGCGAUGCACUGUGGUUGAUUAAAUAUUUAACCUCAAACAGAGAAUUCAGCCAAUGUUUCCAUUUAUAUCUUAAUCAUAUUUUGUAUGGAGUCCACAGCGAACAAACUGUUGGAUUAAGGACAAAAGCUAUGCGUUGCUUAACGUUGAUCAUUGAAUCUGAUUUAGAAGUACUUCGAAUGCCUGAAGUUCAAUGUGCGGUGCAGGUGAGAAUGAUGGAUUCAAAUGCAGCUGUGCGUGAAGCAACAAUAGAAUUGAUUGGUAAAUAUGUAGUGGCUAAACCAGAUUAUAUUAAUCAAUAUUAUCCUAUUCUUAUCGAUCGAAUAAAGGAUUCUGGUGUUGCCGUUCGUAAACGUGUUAUCCGCAUAAUGCGUGAGAUCUGUGAAAAGCAGCCGGAUUUCGAGGGUAUUCCUGAAAUGCUAUCUAAAAUUGUGCGCAGAAUCGCUGAUGAAGACGGAGUGAAGAAACUUACCAUUGAAACUUUUCAAGCACUGUUUUUCCAACCUGUUCGUGAGCGUGAUUCCAUUGUAUUGAUUAAAAAAGUGAUGACAAUAACGGAUGUGAUCCUGAUUUGUAUCAAAGAAAAUACUGUAGAAUUUUUUGAACAACUUUUGAAUUUGCUUAUUAAAAGCGCCGAUAGAUCUAUUAUAUUUGCCUCGAGACAAAUUGUUGACACUCUUGUUGAUAACGUCAUCACUCUUGACUCCAAACUCGCAUCAGGGGAAACAGAAAUAAGUAAAUCCAGCGGUGAAAAUUCUUCAUUAAAUUUGGCUGUAGCGCACAAAGAACAUCAGGAACGGUUGCUUGCUUGUUUAACAACUCUUUCGUUGUUCAGUAAAGUUCGUGCUAGUCUUAUGGUAAAGCACGCGGAAACUUUACAACCAUAUCUCUCUAUAAAUUUAACCGGUUCAGUGGAGCAGCGAGUUAUGAAUCAGAUAAUUAAUAUGCUAGAAAGAGUUGUGCCGUUAAUGGAACAUCCUUCAGAAUCUUUUUUAAAAUCAUUAGAUGCCAGUCUUUGUAACUUGGUUAUGGAUGGUAAUAUGAGAAUUAUAGCUUCUGCUUUGGCUUGUAUUUCUGCAAUUUAUAAUAAGUGGAAAAGAUGGAGACCUGCUGUUAUUCAGCGAUUUCUUUCGUAUUUGAGAUUUCUGAAUCAAACAAAAGGCGACUUUGAAAAUAAACCAGGAUAUAUCCUUCCCAAAGACAAAUCUCCAGUCGUUCAACGGUCUUUAUAUUCAGUUGGCCUAAUGUCAAGAUAUUUUGAUCUUGAUGACAUACUAGUUGAUGAUCCGGAGGCAAAGUCAAAUUUAAGUGGUAACUGUUCUCUUCGACCUAUAAAAGAUUCUUUCAUAAGCACUGACGCCGAAGUUCAGGUGGAGAAAAAAGAAAAACCUUUUACGGAUGAUGUAUUUCGUGUUCUUACAUUUUUCUGCCGCAGUCGCGAUGCAGCGAUCCGAAUGAAAGCUUUAACAGCAAUAGGAAAUUUUACUGCUACGAAUGCUGAAUAUCUUUCUCGGCACGAAACACGUAAUAUGUAUGUGACAUUACUUGGGCUCGAUGACAAAGAAUAUUUGGAUUUUAAAAUAUUGACAUUAAGAAAUAUUGAAUUAUUUUUAUCAACAGAAGAAAGUAAAUUAGCCAAAAAUAACGAUGAAUGGCAAAAAGUCAAAGAUGACCAAGAUUUGAAAGAAAUGGAACUUGCCAAUUCAGGUUUGGCUUCAGCCAUCAUUCAGAUCUAUUGGAAUGCUAUACUAAAUUCUUAUUUUAAUUCCGAUGAUAAUGUAAGAACAUCGGCUGUACAGGUGACGAUGUUGACCUUAAGUCAAGGUUUGGUGACUCCCGGAUCGUCUAUUCCAACUCUGAUUGCAAUGUCUACUGAUUCAAUCCCAGGCAUUCGAAAUAAAGUUGAGAAUAUGUUGAAGGAUAUUGAUACAAAAUAUUCUGGAAUGGUGCCGAGCAAGGCUGUGGCUGGAAUUCGUUGUGCCUUUCGUCUUCAUCGACUAAUAAAAAAAGAUUCUAGUGAAAUUUUGCGUGGGAUUCGGCGAUGUGAAUCAUUAUGUACUGCAACAGUGAAAAAAUUGAAACUUUUUUUAAAGGAAUUCGGUAAUUCAGAUAUGAAAAUGCCUAUUAGAAUGGAAAAUGGAAUUCCAAAGAUGACUAACGAUGGCCAGGCUAUGCUAUGCGGUCUUUAUCAAAGUCUAAGAACAAAUCGACAAAUACGGAGAAGCUUUUUAUCAUCUCUUCUUCGACUUUUUUCAGAGGAUUGUCGUGAGAAAUUAUCACUAGAAGAAUGGGUGUUUGUGGCAGACAAUUUAGCCAUGUUUCCUUAUCAGGUUAUGGAUGAACCAUUAUAUGUAAUUCGUCAGAUCGAAUCAAUUGUAUCAAUAAGCGGCCAAAAUAUUAUUAAUAAUUUUAUGACCCAGCUGGUGCCAAAACCGCCUGGUGGGGAGCUUGAUGAUGAUGCUGAAUUUAAUGCUGAAUUAAUUUAUAGACGUCUUCCCGAAGAUAAAUCAUUGCUAUAUGAUUGCAUGAAGAAUAGCCAGGCGUGCUUUUUGCUUCUCUAUCUGAAAAAUUUCCUGAUGAAAUUAUAUGGAUUUAGUGAAGCAAAAGUGCAAGAAUAUAGUCCAUCAGAAGCAGCUAAAAUCUAUGAAAAGGCGUUAAAUAGUAGAAAAAAUAUUGCGAUGUUUUAUCCGCAAACAGCUCUACAAGAGUUGCGACCCGAGACUGCUAGCCAACGUGACACAUUUCGAAAUAUGCUUUUGUCACUUGAUCAGAGUGAAGAUGAUGAUAAUGAGAUCAACGAUACUAUUGGGCCAAUGGUGAGUGAAAUUAUCCGAUCAGGCAGUGAAGAGCUCCGUAAUGAUAAUAUUGAAGAAGUUGAAGAAAGAAUAAGUUAA